GCGACGCGCUAGCGUCAAGGCAAACCGCUACGUUUCGAACAUCAACACCGUUCAGCUGCCAUUUAGUGCUCAUCACUAGUCAACAACCCGUACCGAUCGGAUGAUAUAAUUAUCCGCGCUCCAAAAUGCUCGGCAGUUUAAUUUCAAAUAAUUAAUAUUACCGUUAAAUACGGGUGUGACACAGAUAGUGCGCGGGCGCGCGGCGGGAGGCAAAGGUAAAAAAGCGAGCGUUCGGCUCCGGCGUGCCGACACACGUGAAGAUGUAUACCGUGGCAUUGUUGACGAGUACGCUUCUGGCUCUCGUCGGGGCGCGCAUUUACGAGCGAUGUGAGCUCGCACGCGACCUGCUGCAGCUGGGAGUACGCAAGGAUCAUAUAGCAACAUGGGUCUGCAUUGCCUACCACGAAUCCCGCUUCGAUACCGCAGCUCGCAACCCCAGCAGCGGCGACCACGGCCUGCUGCAGAUAAGCGAAAUAUACUGGUGUGGCGCCGGCAAAGCUUGCGGACUUCCUUGCUCCGCAUUACGUGACGAUGACAUCUCUGAUGAUGUAGAGUGUGCACUUAGCAUAUAUGAAGAACACACCCGGAUACAAGGAAACGGAUUCCUCGCAUGGGUGGUGUAUCCACAUUAUUGUAAACACAAUGCGAAAAAAUAUUUGGCCGACUGCGAUCAUUCUGUCAAAGAUUCGAGCAAUAAAUUUGAAGAUAAAGCACGUGCAUCACAUGUAUUAUAUGAUUCUUACCCUAAUAUUAACUUUACCUCAACUAACCAAGUGAAAAGUGAGUUCUCAUAUUCUCAAAGUGAUCGUUCCGUUCCAUCGUUUUUGUCGAUAGUAUCGUUACUCCGCGGUAAAUACGAGCAAGACUUUGAAAGAGAUUACAACAAAAAUAAAAAAGUUAACUGGGCACAGUUUAAAAUUGAUAACGUGGAUGAUCUGACAUUGCCUGAUUUCAAUAGGAGACCAAAUUUCAACUUCCUUGAACCGGUCACCGCGCGCUUGUCUACAACUUCAACAACCACGAUGGAACCAGAGCCGCAAUACAAACCGGUGAAACCGUGGAGAACCAUAGAGACGAAUCAGUUUAGACGUAGAAUGAUGAAAUUUAAUAAUACACCGCUGGAAGAAAUGAGGAAAAAAACUGUGUACGAAAAUUCUUUGGUUGUCACGACUCCACUAUUUGUUGCAUCUGCUGAAACAACAACGUAUAGUUCACCCACAACGAGGCGAAUACCAUAUGAAAAUAAUAAUUUUUUAUCAAGUAAUGCGUGUUGUUCAACUGUUGCUCAUGCAAGUAAAACAACGACUAGCCCAAUGGAAAAAACAAUUUAUUUUCCAACUCAAAGUGCUGUGUUUUCUUUCACAACACAAAAACCAUCAUUAUUUUUGACAACACCAAAAUCUACAAUAUCUUCCACGACACAGAAACCUGCAAUUUUGUUCACAACGCGGAAGCCAGAAAUAUCUUCCUCAACGCGGAUAUCACCAAUAUAUUCAACAACGCAUAAACCAACAACAUCUCUUUCGUUUCCAAUAACACAACAAAAUUAUGGGGGAUUAAAUUCUUCUGAGCAACUACCAACGAAGGUUUCUGAAGCCACCGAGAAUAGAGCGAAAAGCUUUUGGGAUACUUUUGGCUACCUUACAACUCCAUCACCAAAAUUAAAACAAGCUUCCUUUUCGUCUAAGUCCUUGGAGACCUCAACUACGAAACCAUAUGUGUCGACUCAAUCAGCUGUACAACAAAUCACCGCAAGUAGAGUAUUUCCAACUCAAAGGUAUAACUCUAUAAAUGUAACCAGAAUUGGAACAACAAAUGAAAUAUUUUCUACAAAGCCAACAGUAAAACAAUUCCCCGUAUCAAAACCAACUGCAUACACUGGGAAGACAACAAAAGGUUGGACUGUGCGUCCAACACAAUAUACACAAAGAUAUAAUCCGAUUAAAACAUAUAUCAGUGAAUAUAGAACAGAGAGACCAACUUUUACAUGGAGACGUGGAAAAUCGUUCACCAAUGACUAUCAAAAUGUAACAAAAUAUGUUACUGCAAAACCAUCGCUAACGGUUUUUAGUUCAACAGAAAUUCCGUCUACAACCUCAAGGCAAUAUUCGAACCAAGGUGUGUUUAAAACUACACACGAUUUAUCGUCAAUACCACCCACAUCGUCUACAUUUUCCAGCAUUUCAACGAAAUCGAAUACUCAAACAAAGGACAGACAAGAAACAUCUGAAAGAAUUGUGGCAACAACGCCAGCAAUGACAAAAACGACCUUUUCUAUAUUUGAUAUUUACUUGAAUCCUGCAAAACGUCAACAGGUUCCAAAUUAUAAGGUUUUAUUUUCUGGUAACAGCGCUUCUAAUUUUAAAAUAUUCUCCGGUGGAACCACCUCCGCUCCAUUUAGUAGAAACCUUUCUAAAAAAAACUAAACUUUUACCAGUGAAGUGCAAAACUAAAUUAGGGUACAAACUUUUUAACAAUUUUUUUAUCUGAUAUUGUAAUAAUUUUUAUA